UUUUUACGCUGGACCCGCUUUUUUUAUCCGAACAGCAGAGCUUCAAAUCUUUCCUCGAUGUUAUCGAUCCUCACUAUACCUGCUGCAUUCCUAAUUUUAACAACCCCAAGCACUGCGUUUCUCGCCGAUUCCAUUUCCUCUGCUCCGCAAAUCCCUUUCAAGGAUCAACCUUUGCCUUCUCUCCUCAGGGUAUUUAUUUGAAGAUGGACUCGGUGAUCAUGUCCAAAUCCGUUUGCUCGACGCCGAAGGCACUGUUUCUCAGACCAACUCAAGGAAUUAGGAGUUCUAAAUGCAACUUUAUGGUUGGAAAUGCCCCAAAUUUUCAAAAAUUAUUCUUCUCCAGAAAGAAUUCCAUCUAUAUAAAUAAAAGAUCUAAAAAUUCUGGUGGAGCUCUCUGUACAAAAUGCCAGGAUGAGAAAAUCCUUGUGGCAAAUAGAGGUGAGAUUGCAGUUCGGGUCAUUAGGACUGCUCACGAGAUGGGGAUUCCAUGUGUAGCUGUACACUCUACAAUAGAUAAGGACGCUCUUCAUGUGAGGCUGGCAGAUGAAGCAGUAUGCAUUGGAGAAGCUCCAAGCAGUCAAUCGUACUUGUUCAUUCCAAAUGUUCUCUCUGCUGCUGUUAGCCAUGGGUGCACUAUGCUACAUCCGGGUUAUGGUUUUUUGGCUGAGAAUGCUCACUUUGUUGAUAUAUGUAAAGAGCAUGGAAUAAACUUUAUUGGUCCUAAUCCUGACAGCAUUCGCGUUAUGGGCGACAAGUCUACUGCCCGAGAAACGAUGAAGAAAGCGGGUGUUCCAACUGUUCCUGGCAGCGAUGGACUGCUGCAGUCCACUGAAGAAGCUAUCAAGCUUGCCCAUGAAAUCGGUUUUCCUGUCAUGAUCAAGGCAACUGCUGGUGGUGGAGGACGUGGAAUGCGAUUAGCUCUUGAGCCUGGUGAAUUCGUGAAAUUACUACAGCAAGCGAAGAGCGAAGCAGCAGCUGCAUUUGGAAAUGACGGUGUUUAUCUGGAAAAGUACAUUCAGAAUCCAAGGCACAUUGAGUUUCAGAUUCUUGCUGACAAGUAUGGAAAUGUUGUUCAUUUUGGAGAGCGUGAUUGCAGUAUUCAGAGAAGAAACCAGAAACUAUUAGAAGAAGCCCCUUCUCCUGCUUUGACCCCAGAACUCCGGAAAGCUAUGGGUGAUGCUGCGGUGGCAGCAGCUGCAUCCAUCGGCUAUAUUGGUGUUGGAACUGUGGAGUUUCUUUUGGACGAGAGAGGUUCGUUUUACUUCAUGGAAAUGAACACGAGGAUCCAGGUCGAGCACCCUGUUACUGAAAUGAUUUCCUCAACUGAUUUAAUUGAGGAACAAAUCCGUGUAGCUCUCGGGGAGAGGCUGACUUACAAACAGGAGGAUAUUAUUCUCAGAGGACAUUCGAUUGAGUGUCGCAUCAAUGCAGAGGAUCCCUUUAAAGGAUUUCGUCCAGGGCCAGGGAGAAUUUCAGCAUACCUUCCAUCUGGAGGUCCAUUUGUGAGAAUGGAUAGUCACAUUUAUCCAGAUUAUGUGGUGCCUCCUAGCUAUGACUCCCUACUUGGAAAGCUUAUUGUUUGGGCCCCAACCAGGGAUAAAGCAAUUGAACGAAUGAAAAGAGCUCUAAAUGACACCGUCAUCACCGGUGUCCCGACGACAAUUGAGUACCACAAGCUCAUCCUUGAUGUUGAGGACUUUAGAAUUGGAAAGGUAGAUACGGCAUUCAUACCUAAGCAUGAGAGCGAAUUGGCUGAGCCUCAAAAGAUGGUGCUGGCGAAGCCAACGAAAGAGAUUGCUGGUGUGAACUAGUUGGAUCUCAAGCAUCGCGCUUCCAUGUAUUCUCUAGUCUUAUUACUGCUUAUGCGUUAUGAUUACAAAGAUUUUUGACAUGAGAACAACCUUUAUCCAGGCUGCUUUUGUUUCCCCUUUUUAUCCUCUCAACUUGCACAUUCGUAGGACUUUCCCUUGAAAAUUAUGAAUGCAAUGAUCUAAUUAAUACUCAUGUACUGGAAGUGCUACAUCUAAUAAAUAAUUUGUUAUGCUGUUAUCUUUAUAAAA